UUUUGUGCGGAACGCGACGGGCAGCGCCCGUUGGCGGUGCCGUGGGGCGGUGCGGACAAGGGGCGGGGGAUCCCUCCCUGUCUCCCUCCACGUUUUAUUUCCCUUUGCGCUUCCUCCUGUCCUUACUCCUUGCUUUCGCUCUCGCCCUCCGUCUCGGGUUCUCUCCCUGCGUUCCUCUGCUUUUGUUACACCUCCCUUCGUUCCCUCCCGCUCCCCGCCCCCGCGUGGCACUGCGGAGCCGGAGACGUGACCCGAGCGGACUCGCUUCCCGCAGCUCCAGCCUCUCGCCGCAGAGUCGCAUGUCCUCGAUUCAGAACCUCCAAUCCUUUGACCCCUUUGCUGAUGCAACAAAGGGCGACGACUUACUCCCGGCGGGGACUGAGGAUUACAUUCAUAUAAGGAUCCAGCAACGAAACGGAAGGAAGACACUAACAACUGUUCAGGGCAUCGCAGAUGAUUAUGACAAGAAGAAACUUGUGAAAGCUUUCAAAAAGAAAUUUGCUUGUAAUGGUACUGUGAUUGAGCAUCCUGAAUACGGUGAAGUUAUCCAGCUGCAAGGUGACCAAAGGAAGAACAUUUGCCAAUUCCUCUUGGAGAUUGGCAUUGUCAAGGAAGAACAACUGAAAGUUCAUGGUUUCUAACAUACCUGUACUCAUAUGAAGAACCCUGCAGUAUUGGUCUUACCUCUCCUGGCUUUUCUGUGAAAAAUGAAUCUUUGCAGUGAAUGGACUUCCCUGUUACCUGAACGUUUACAAUUUGAUUUGCAUGACUGCAUGAAACAGGUGGUGUGUAGACUAGAAACACAUAAGAAAACUUCAGUAAGAUGGUAAUGAAGACCCUUGUGAACUUUAACACAUUUCCAAUGGAAAUGUAUUAGUGAUGAUUGUUCAGUUUAGUACUCUUCACCUGAGUUAAAUGUGCGAGUUUUAUUCAAAUAGUAUGUGUUGUUGCUUAAAAAUAAAAGUUUAUUCAUCUAAUUGCUGGGAUAUUUGAAAUGCUUUUGCCUAAGUUUUAAACUAGCACUAGCAUUGCUGAAGAAUGGCUGAACUGUUUUGUGGCAAGUAUAGCUCACUGCUGAUUGAAGAAAUUGGAAAAUCUACAUUAUUAAGUACUAGCUGAUUAAUCAGUAGAUUAGCUUGAUGUGAUCUUACUCUGUAGCUGUAAGACUAGAGCUUUAAAGCCUGUGGUGUGGGUGUACCUUAGUAGCAGCAUAAUAAGACAUCAUUUGUUUGCUGUGUAAGUAACUGGAUCUUCUCUAAAAUUUAUUACAGUGACUAUGAGCCAUUAGUGGGCAGCAAAGUAGGGGUAAAGCAAGCUCAGCUCCUCAAGUCAGAAUAUUUGGUCAAAAGUCCCAAAACAUUUUAAGGAAGUAAAUGGGAUAUUGUAUCUCUUCUGUCACUGAGUAAGAGGAAAAGACUUUGUGUUGGCUUCUGCCAUGACUGUACAUUGAAAGUUGGCAAGCAGAGUGCUUGACUGAACUGGUAGUGUUAGCUGCAGGAGCAGGGAAGGGAACAGGAUCGACACUAAUCUUUUCCCUGUCAUGAAAGGUUUUCCUAGGAUCAAUGGCUCUCAUGGAGGGUUUUGUAAUUUUGUUUGGGUGUUACUACAAAAAGCUGACUUGGUUUACUUUUCUGCAAGGCAAUUCUUUCAGCAUUACUGAGGUUACAAUAUGUUUGUUUCACCAUGCUUUUAAGCUGAUUUUAGUUAGCUGUAGGCAUUUGCUAUUCUGCUUAUAGGAUAUGUCUUGUGAAAAAUGAAAUUAAUUAAUUUGGUGAAACAAGCUGAUGUUGUCUUCCUUUUGAGGUAGACAUGAAAUUUUUUUAUGAAACAAUUCAGAACAUGCUGAGCUGCAAAACCAUGACAAUAGGGGGAAAUGUUUAAAAAACUUCAUGUGAUAUCAUGUAUUCCUUGGAAAGAAAGAAAGACAUUUCUUUACUGCCAAGACUUACUAAUAACUUAGCCAGAAAAAAAAAAAAAUGUAAUUGAGAAAAUAAUUCUUUACUGUCUAAGUAGUACUUUAUUUCCUAUUCAUAUUUGCCUUUCUAGACAGAAAUGUUUCAGUUUUAACUCAUUUGAACUGUUUUUUUUUCUUUUUUUUAGAUUUUUGAGUUCAGAAAUGAAUCCUAAAGGCACUAGCAACAAUUAGGGGAGCCUUAUAUGACAAUUUCUUUCUCAUCUGGUCUAGACAAUUCCACUUGUAAAAAUCCAGUCUCAAUCUCCACAAAUUCUACCUGGUGUUACAGAUCUUAACUGUUCCAGAGAAAGGAUGCUCUAAAAGAUUGUGUACUGUUAAGGUACAAUACAUUCAGGAGGAGGAAAUGCCUCACACAAAGCGCAAAAUACCCACAUACCAAAUGGAAAUCCAAAAAUAAAUCUUAUGCAAGUCUUGCAGAUGAGCAGAAUAAAGUCAUUCUACUGCAAGUUUACCUAGUCCUGAUUCUUAACUGCUAAAGAAAUCAGUGUUUUGGGGAUACAUAGCAAUUAGUGAUUUUCAUUUCGUCACAUGCCAGAAAAACUGAUGUUCUCAUUUAAAACUUGUUCUCCUGCCCAAGAGGAAAACCAAUCAAUAUCUUCUAUAUUGCUGGUGUUAUACAACUACUUCUAGUGGGCUUUGAAAUGAAGAUUAACAAAUGACUAGCAGGUCUCAUGUUACUGAGUCAGUCUUCAUUUCAGAUGGCAUUCCAUUAACUUCUACUACCUAAGCUUGAGUCAUUUCUCCAUAGUCAUUCUGCUUGGAAUAAAUAAGAAAAAUCUUUCGUUUUCUUCCUCCUCAUUUAAAAAUCCUUCCUAAUAGGAGAAACCUUGCAGUUGAUAGGUGAUGUGGGUGGAGAUGCUUGUGUUUUGACCUUUGAAGCGCAAAAUUAUAAGGAGAUGGAAUAAGACAUAACACAUUUGAAGUUUUAAAGAGGUGGGAUUUAUAGUGGCAACACACCAUUUGAUCUUUCUAGAAAGAAAGCAAAAAUUUUUGUCCAUGAGUGUUUUGAACUAAAAUAGUGUUUCUAAGAUUGUAAUUAGCCUUGUUACAAACCCAAACCUCUUUGUAUGUUCUAGACAAAAGGCUUCAACAAUAUCAUGUUUUGUCAUCUUAUUCUGAAACUUAUUUGAAAUACAUACCUGUGUUUUAAAAAUGCUGAAAAUGAAGGCUUUGGAAAACAACUGUUUAAAGUGCUACCACAUAAAUCUGUUUUCAGAAUGAAUGCGGGUUUCAAUCUUUUUAUCUAUUCUGAAGUAGGUUAAAAAAUGUUGAAGGAUGUGGCCCAUAAUUGUCAAGGCACUAAAAAGGAGCUUAUAAUAGAAAACUCUUUUGAAGUCCACCGGUAGGACUUCAGGAGGAGGUCCUAGGAGGCUUGGCAAGCUCAGACUGCAAAGAAUGGUGUUUUUUUAUUGGAACGCUGUGAAGUCUGUGUGUUUCAGACAUACCAAUCAAGAUUGCUGCAUUAGUGAUACUUGGGCUUAAUCUCAAGGUCUUAUUGGACAUAGAAAUUUGUUUUGAAUUUACAACCUUGUGCAUAGUUUUAUUAGGCUGUUCUAGCUGACUCUGGGCUGAUACCUUGGAGUAAGGUGUUGCAUGAAUAAACUCACUAAAUUGUCUGUUAUGAGUCUACUUAAUGCAACUACGAGCAAUGCAACCUUUGCUUCCCGAAUGCUGCUGGCAGUUCUUGUUUGUAGAAUAUAAAGUUUAGUAAUUUAAGUCUGUAAGAUGCCUGUUUCCUCUUACUGUGUGAGCGCUCAGGCCUCUCACUGUCACCUAAGGUCUGCUAAAUCUGACUGUGUCUCAGAGAUGAGCAUGAGGAGCACAACAAUGGGCAGAUAAUUCUCAUGGAGUAACCUCUGAAAGGAGUGCCUGGGCUGCUAUUCAUUGCUUCGGUGGCUUUGAUUGAACCUUUAUUCCUGAACUCCAUUUUUGCACAGCCUAAAUGAAUAACAUUUUGUUUUGGAGAGCUUCUUUGGAGGGCAGAGGAGGGAACUAGUAAAAAAAGACUGUCUUAGGAAAUAUGUUUAUAUCUGAAAUUUGUUUUCAUUGACUUAGAUUCCUGGGCUGCGAGACCACUGUAAUGUUGUUUUUCUCUCACUCUGUAUCUUUAAAAAUCCUAGUUAAAGUUCCUUGAAAGUAUGAUAUUUAGGGCUCUAAAUACAUCUAAAGCUAUUAUAAAACUAAAAUGCAAGGUCUUUGAAGCUUAAGUUUCAAAUAUUUGAAAUAACAAUUAAGCAGAACUUUGUUUUUUUCUAUGCUGCCAUCCUGCUUAUAGGUGGUAUGUAGUUGCCCUGAAGAUGCAUGUGUUAUUUACAGUCAGGCAGUAAUCAGAUAUUCCUGCUCUAAUGCCAUACCCUGUUUGUAAGUUUUUAAAAUUUUAUCCUGAUGUGCUGCACUUUUGCAGGCUGUACUACUGUAAUUUUGCAGUAUAGGACUGAUGUACUUUGAGUUCCAGACAGCAGUUAAUUCCUUAAUCCUUCUGCAAGGCUCUAGUGUACAGGAUCCAUGUGUUACAUCUUUAAGUGGCUCAGUAGUUCCUCACACUGUGUGAAAAUGUAUACAAGAUCAACAUUUAGCCUGUUAAAGUAGGGGGUUGAUGGUUUUUUGCAGCUCACUCUGAGACACAGUAGGAGUUGCUGUCCCUUGUAUCUGUUCAGUGUUGAUCAGUAUCACUGAGCAUUCUUCUAAAUAAUGUGCUGCUGCCACUGGUGAGAAUGACGUGGGCUUAGAGGGUUGUGUGUGUUUAAGUACUACGACUUUCUACAUCCAUACUCAGUCAGGAAUCUGUCCCCUGCGCAUGGCAACAUGAAGGUUGUUUUCCAGUUGCCAGAUCAAAAACUCUUGAGAUCAUUAAGGGUAAAAUGGUGUACUUGUUUUAUGUUUCCUAUGUAGAUGUUUCAUGCCUACUGUUUCCCAUUUAGAUAAAAAAUACAAAAGUAAUCUCAGAAGAGGAUUUGUACUUGGCUUGCCUUUUUUAAAGUUUGCUACAUGCUGGUCAUUGAUCUCUUAACGAACAGGUCUUAACCUGUAUUGGAGUAUUGCUACAGAGCUGAGACAACAAAGUCUUUUCAAAUAAAGUGUGCCAGUGUUA